AUGGUUUGCGAGAUGGAGACCAACCAUGUGGAAGAAAUGGACAUCGAAAUGGACGUCGAAAUCCUGCCUUCGAUGUGGCCGGAGGAUAUCGGAAACGACGCCGGUAAACAGUUCAACGUAGAGAGGCCGGGGCGGGACCAAGACAUGUUAGAGGAGGUGACAAUCCUGGAGGAGCCAACCAUAGUUGAUUUCAAGCGUCUUUUGGAGCUCACCAACUAUAGUGAAAAGGGAUCUUCUCAAUUGGCUUACCUUGUUAAACACUGGGAGUACAAACAGGCAAAUGCCGUGCGCCUCCUAAGAGAAGAGCUCGCCAUUCUGAGCAAGCAAAGGCAGGAGGCUGAGCUCAAGAAGUUGGAAAUUCUAGAGGAGCAUCUGUUCGAUUUGGAGACAUAUGGCGACAAGCAUCCCAUUUCGAUUCUUGACGGGGCCUACGACAUAUGGCCGGAUGUUCCUAGGAUAAGAAAUGAUGUCGUUGUGCAGAACAAGGGGAUUGAAAUCGAUGCUGAGUAUGAUACUGUUGUGCACUGGAAGCAGAGAGCCUUGCAUUUAGAGAAAUUGUUGGAGGCGAGUAAGCAAAGAGAGCAGAUUCUCAUGGCAAAGUUACAAGAGAGCAUUGUAAAUCUUGAAAGGCAAUCCUCUCCAGUGGAAGAGUUGUCUCAGAUCUUGAAGAGAGCGGAUAAUUACUUGCACUUUGUGCUUCAGAACGCACCUGUUGUUAUUGGUCAUCAGGACAACGAGUUGAGAUAUCGGUUUAUCUAUAAUCACUUCCCAAGUUUGCAAGAGGAGGACAUUAUAGGAAAAACAGACGUUGAGAUUUUUACUGGAUCUGGCGUGAAAGAAUCUCAAGAUUUCAAGAGAGAAGUUCUCGAGAAGGGAUUACCCGCGAAAAGGGAGAUCACAUUCGAGACAGAACUAUUCGGGUCGAAGACUUUUUUGAUAUAUGUUGAACCAGUCUUUAGCAAGUCAGGGGAAACAAUUGGUAUAAAUUACAUGGGGAUGGAUGUCACUGAUCAGGUGAAUACUAUCUUUCCCAAGUGGUCAUUUUGUCAGACUUUUCUAGUGAUGAUAAAAUUUCUAAUAGUGCUUUCCUCAUUGUGGCACCAGGUGAGGAAAAGGGAAAAGAUGGCAAAGCUCAGGGAGGAGAUAGCAGUAAGAAAGGCCAAAGAAACAGAACUGAACAAAACAAUUCACAUAACAGAGGAGACAAUGCGUGCUAAGCAAAUGCUGGCAACCAUGUCUCAUGAGAUAAGAUCUCCUCUCUCUGGAGUUGUAAGCAUGGCUGAGAUUCUCUCCACCACCAAGCUUGAUAAGGAGCAGCGCCAACUCUUAGACGUCAUGUUGUCUUCUGGUGAUUUAGUUCUCCAACUUAUCAAUGACAUCCUUGACCUUUCAAAGGUUGAGUCAGGAGUGAUGAAGUUGGAAGCUACAAAAUUCCGACCGAGAGAAGUAGUAAAGCAUGUACUCCAGUCUGCUGCAGCAUCUCUGCAGAAAAUGCUGACCUUGGAAGGUCAUGUUGCGGAUGACGUUCCCGUUGAGGUCAUUGGAGAUGUUCUUAGGAUUCGACAAAUUCUCACCAACUUGAUCAGUAAUGCAGUCAAGUUUACACAUGAAGGGAAGGUUGGGAUAAAGCUUUAUGUGAUAUCAACUCCGACCUGGGGAAAACAAGAAGGAUGUCAUCAAAAGCUUGAUGCAGAUCAACCAGUCACUCAAGAAAAUGGACAAAAAGAGAAUCAACCAACAUCACAAACAAGCGGUGAUCGAAAAAGUUAUCAUGGUCACAGUAAUGGUUCUUGCCAGAACCAUUCGGAUGAACCUAGAACCCCAAGUAAGACAGAAACCCCGAGGACUGAGGAUACGGAUCAACAAUCUCAUUCUGCUGAAACCACAGUGUGGAUACGCUGUGAUGUGUAUGACACUGGAAUUGGAAUUCCAGAAAAUGCUAUACCUACUUUGUUCAAGAGAUACAUGCAAGUUAGUGCUGAUCACGCUCGAAAAUAUGGUGGGACAGGACUAGGACUGGCUAUAUGCAAACAACUGGUUGAACUGAUGGGGGGUCGUCUCACUGUGUCUAGUCGAGAACACUUCGGUUCUACAUUCACGUUUAUACUUCCUUACAAGGUUUCAAACACAUGUGAUGGCUCUGAUGAUCCGGAUGAGCUCUCGGAUAUGGCUAGUCAUGAUGCUGCAUCAGAUGAUACAAUCGAGAGCUAUUUUGAAUUCCAGCCACGCACUUUAGGUUCUCUCUUCAAUUCUAGUGGAACCAGCAGGACGCCAAAACUACUACCACACAAGAUUGGCUACAUUAGCUCGCAUAAGCUUAAUGGGCUUUCUGGCAACUCUUACUCCUUUCCCUAUAAUAGCAGCAGACCAACAGAGACAGUUUCAGUUGAGGAUUCUUGUUCAUCAAUUAGUGCUGCAGAGACAUCACCAGAACCAGAAACUUCAGUAAGGCACAGUGCAGAUCCUGAUAAUGAAGAUGGAGCGUCUGGAGGCAAACAGUGUCAAAAUGACUCAAACGAAAAACUCCAAAAUCCUUGGACAGAUCAAACUCACCAUGCAGAGUCAAGUAGGGAAAUGGAUGUAGCACCAAAUAUGGACAAGCCCCAAGAAGCAUCUAAGAGGCAGGAGAAAUCUGAUACAAUAAGCUCUCAGCAGAUAUCGAAAAUCAGCGUAGAAGUACUGAAUUCAAACAUGGAACCAAAGAUACUUCUUGUUGAGGACAAUAAGAUCAAUGUUAUGGUGACACAGUCAAUGAUGAAGCAAUUAGGCCACAAAAUAGAUGUUGUGAAUAAUGGGGUCGAAGCUGUGCGAGCAGUUCAACGGCGCAGUUACGGUCUUGUUUUGAUGGUAAUUCUUAUGGAAUCUCAAAUCUUUCUUAUUUCUUUUUCUAUGUUUCAGUUAAAAAAAUAAUUUUAAAAACCUUGGUAUUCAUGCGUUAUGCAUAACUUGUAGGAUGUGUGUAUGCCGGUUAUGAAUGGCCUCCAAGCUACAAGAAUAAUCCGUUCCUUCGAGGAAACUGGCAGUUGGGAAGCUGCGGAGGAGGCUGGAAUUGAAUCUAAUGUGCCUUCUUCAGAAGGAUUACAGAAUGGCCAGAGCAUUACGCGUCCAACAAACCGAAUCCCUAUUGUUGCGAUGACCGCGAAUGCUUUGUCAGAGAGUGCAGAAGAGUGUUAUGAAAAUGGUAUGGACUCGUUUGUGUCAAAGCCUGUGACUUUCCAAAAAUUAAGACAGUGUCUCGAACAAUAUCUAUCUUGA